AUGGUUAGCCCGAGUUUUUCAAUUUUAAUCAUUCUGAAUUUGGCUGCCUUACAUAUAAAUUUCCUGUCUUCCAAAGUGGCAACCAGUUCACAUGAGAAUGACUGUCCACACGACUGCAACUGUGUGUCCGACAGAUAUUCACAGUCAAAUAUUACUUGUUCUCUGUCAGCAGGUAACAACUGGAAAUUAAUAUGUCAACGUUUACACGACUAUGUGGGUCGGAAAGCUGCAUUAGGUCUCAAAAUUUCAGGAAAUCUUAGCACAGCAACUGGGAGUCUGUCAUGCAUGCCAGCUUUGCGAAGCUUAGAUUUAUCAAACACAUGUCUAGCACAAGAAAAUUCCUUUCACGGUUUACACCUAACCGAUCUUUUAAAUAUCAGCUCAAAUAGCAUAAGGCAUUUACCGGCUGGCAUAUUCCGUGACCUUCAUGACCUGCGCGAGCUUGACCUGUCUCAUAAUUCUAUAUCGAAACUGGAGCCAGGUCUGUUCAGGGAAUUGAAAGCUCUUAAACUUUUAUACUUAGGUUUUAACAAUUUACAGGCAUUGUCUUUGGAUUCAUUUACAUACAUACCAGCUUUAGAAUUUCUUGGACUAGAAUCAAAUAAAAUUGAAGAAUUCUCUUCCCUGUUUAUUCCACAUUCUGGCACUUUGAGAGGUUUGAACCUACGCGCCAAUAUUUUGCAGACAUUUAUAACGAACAGCAUCGAAACAGACUCGGAGUUGUGGAAGAACAUGGUGUCUUUGGAUAUAUCAGAAAAUCUGUUAGAAUGUUCUUGUGUUUUGAAAAAUAUGUACACCCUCCUGCCGAAUUUGAAUCAUAUCCUAGUUAGUCCAUCCACAACGGUCUGUGCUGCUCCAGAGAGGUUGAAGGGAUUGAGUAUAGUCAGUAUUAAUAAGACAGAUUUAUUCUGCACAGCCCCGAACAGCAUUGUCAGCUUUCCCUCCACUAACAAAGAAUGUCUUGCAGAAGGAUACCCCAAGCCAUCCAUUCUAUGGAUAACCCCAUGGAAGGAUUGGUUCUUCAACGGUUCAGACCUCAUGCUGAGCAAACUUGGUUUCCAGCCCGAAGGAAAUGAGAAGGUACUCACAUACAGAGAAUACCAAGAGCCAAAUGUCUUUAUGGUUUCAUCGAUUGGUUUAAACUCGGACAACGAUCUCGUAAUUACAAAAUUUCGCGGCAGCAUGUCAGGGAAUUAUACCUGUUGGGCCUUCAACAUGGCUGGAAAUACUUCUGUGGGAGUAAACGUGCAGGUAUUUUCACGGGUGAAGGAUGUCGUUAUUAAUAGUUUGUUCAUGGGAGGUUACUGCGCUUGUGGCUUCUUGGUAUUUGGGCUCCUCGUGGGCUCAGUGAAGCUUCUAGUGGUCUACCUGAAGCGGAAGUUGUAUUUUAUUGCGCCGAUGUUUUCAAAAGCUCCUUCUUCAAACGACCCUGAAAAUACUUCAACGUGUCACACACUUGAUGUAUCCUUGAACAAAGCUGACUCAGAUGACAGAGGCUCUGACGAUUCGACUCCAGACUCUUCACUCCUCGUUCACGACAAGGAGUCAGAAAACUCGGAUGCAGAUGACAAAUUUGAUAAUCCACAGGAUGCUCACACGGCAGGCAGCUGGCUUUCACACGGAAUUUUUGAUUCUUUGGAAGGAGCCAAAGGGCGGCUUCGGUACGGCGUCGGCCGCAAGAUGGACCGUGUGCGCAAAAAUGUCCAGCAUAUGAAAGACAGCGGUAGCGUUUACGUACAAAACAUUGUGGAUUCUAGCAGCACUGCUGCCAGUCGGAUGAAGGCCGGUGUUGUGUUUGGAGUGGAGACGGUGAAGUACCAUGUGCAGUCCUUCAAAGAACUCUGCGGCACAGGAGACAUGGGAGCACAGACCAUUUCCAUGGUGUCAGUUGAGACAGAUGUGGAUUCCCAGCAGCAGAAGGAGGUCAUCAGACAUGUCACGUUUGUCUGA